AUGGCAAGCAACAUCAAAACAGCUGAGACGCACGAAUGUGAGCGUCUUGAUAUUCGACGAAUUCAGAACGUACUUCUUAUCUGGUUAGACGGCAACAUUAAUAACAGCAGCAAAGAUUGUCAAAACACCAUCACUCAGCUACGACGCGUCGUAAAUGACGUUAACACAUAUACAGAUGGCGAUAAUUGCAUUCAUUUCAUCGAGACGAUCACGGAUCGCAAGGCAUGUAUGAUUAUCUCGGGUGCACUUGGUCAGCAUAUCGUAUGUCGCGUACAUCGUAUGUCUCAGGUAGAUUCCAUAUUUAUCUUUUGUGGUAAUAAGCAGUAUCAUGAACAAUGGGCACGAGAAUGGCCAAAAAUCAAAGGUGUUUUCACGGAAAUAACACCGAUCUGUGAAGCUCUCAAACAAGCAGCAUGGCAGUGUGAACGGAAUGCCAUGCCGAUGAGUUUUAUGAAAUUUGACAAGAAAUUGGAUCAGCUGGAUUCAUCUUUCAUGUACACACAAAUCUUAAAGGAAAUAUUACUAACUAUUACUUUCAAUGAAGAGCACAUCGAAAAAUACCUUGAUUAUUGUCGCGAAGCUCUGACCGACAAUGACAGCGAGCUGAGCUAUGUUGACGCUUUGAGCGAGUCUUACUAUAAGAAAACACCCAUACACUGGUAUACUUGUGAAUGUUUCCUAUAUACUAUGCUGAAUCGUUGUCUACGGGUAAUGGAUACAAAGAUAAUAAUACUGAUGGGAUUUUUCAUAAGUGAUCUCCAUCGACAUAUAGAACGGCUGCACCAAGAACAGAAGGUUACUGAAACUUUUACAGUUUUUCGUGGUCAAGGUUUAUCGGAAGAAGGUUUCGAAGAACUGAAGGAAACAAAAGGUGGACUUAUGUCCUUUAAUAAUUUUCUAUCUACCAGCAAGACUCGUUCAACCUCACUUGAUUUUGCUAAACGAGCGAUGAAAAAUCCCGAUCUAAUUGGCAUUCUCUUUGUUAUGAAAAUCGAUCCUGGCCAAUCAGCAACAGCAUUCGCGUCUGUUAGUGACAUCAGUGCCGUUUCAUCUGAAGAUGAAAUACUCUUUUCUAUAAACAGUGUCUUUCGUGUUCUUGACCUGAAACCAAUCGAUAAGAGUAACACACUCUACGAAGUAACCUUGACACUUACCAGUGACAGUGACAAGGAAUUAAAUGCGCUUACAGAACGGAUUCGGGAAGAGAGCUUUCCAAACAAUGAAGGAUGGGAAAGAUUAGGUUUGGUCUUGAUUCAAAUGGGUCGGUAUGACAGCGCGGAAGAGAUUUAUAACAGACUACUCGAUGAAACGACCGACGACAAUGAGAGAGCACCUCUCUACCAUGAACUUGGAAUCAUCAAAUACAAACUAGGAGAAUAUGAAGAAGCGAUCACUUUCUACAAGAGAUCGCUUGACAUCGAAGAAAAGAUUUUCCCACCUAAUGACAUUCGUUUGGCUCCGUCCUACAAUAACCUAGGUGUAGUCUAUGAAAACAUGGGUGAGUAUAAGAAAGCACUUUCUUACUAUGAAAAAGAUCUCGAGAUUAGCAAACUAUCACUCGACGAAAACCAUCCUGAUAUCGCUUCAUCUUAUAACAAUAUCGGCGUCGUAUAUCAAAACAUGGGUGAUUACAAGAAGGCAUUAGUGUCGUAUGAAAAAGCACUUGCCAUUCGACAGCGAUCACUCACUACAACUCAUCCGGAUGUAGCUGCCUCGUACAAUAAUAUUGGCGCUGUGUAUCGAAAUAUGGGCGACUAUAAACGAGCGCUUCCAUCGUAUGAAAAAGCUCUCGCAAUUCGACAGCAAUCGCUUCCUUCAAAUCAUCCGGAUUUGGUUUCAUCCUACAAUAAUAUCGGAUUGGUUCAUGAAAACAUGAACAAUUACUCAACCGCUCGCUCCUGCUUUAACUGUGCGAUCGAAAUUGCCAAACAGUCGUUAUCUGAAAAUCAUCCCAAUCUCAUAGACGCCAGAGAAAAUUUCGAACGUGUGAAAAACAAACUGUAUGAAUAA